GAAAACCCAGUGUGUUUGAACGGAAGCCAGUAUCAGUGAGAGCACCGCUGCUACGCGCCCCCUGUAGGACCGGAAGAGCGUUGCGUCUCCUCGCGCUAACUUCGCCGCCGCCAUAUUAACACAGAGCUGAGAGGUGUUUGGAGCGUCACCCUCGUGUAAAAUCACCGCAAGAUUCCCCAAGGCUGCCUGCAAGUACAGUUUAAGCCCUGACAGGAGCAGCCACACAUCCAGAUCAUGUCCGGCCCUGUCACGAGUCGAUCCCGUGUUUAUCCAGACGUCAACACACAGAGACCGCGGGAAUACUGGGACUAUGAAUCUCACGUCGUAGAGUGGGGGAAUCAAGAUGACUACCAGCUGGUGCGGAAACUCGGCCGAGGAAAGUACAGCGAAGUGUUUGAAGCCAUCAACAUCACAAACAACGAGAAAGUAGUCGUCAAAAUACUCAAGCCAGUAAAGAAGAAGAAAAUCAAGCGGGAAAUUAAAAUUUUGGAGAAUUUGAGAGGCGGCCCCAACAUCAUUACACUUCUAGACAUUGUCAAGGAUCCAGUGUCUCGAACCCCAGCUCUGGUUUUUGAACAUGUGAACAACACAGACUUCAAGCAAUUGUAUCAAACGCUAUCGGACUAUGACAUUCGGUUCUACAUGUAUGAGAUCCUAAAGGCUUUGGAUUACUGCCACAGUAUGGGAAUUAUGCACAGAGAUGUGAAGCCACACAACGUAAUGAUCGACCAUGAACACAGAAAGCUGCGUCUGAUAGACUGGGGCUUAGCGGAGUUUUAUCACCCUAGUCAGGAGUACAACGUCAGGGUGGCGUCUCGAUAUUUCAAAGGACCUGAACUGCUGGUGGACUAUCAGAUGUAUGACUACAGUUUAGACAUGUGGAGCUUAGGCUGCAUGUUGGCGAGUAUGAUCUUCCGGAAAGAGCCUUUUUUCCAUGGACACGACAACUACGAUCAGCUUGUACGGAUUGCCAAAGUCCUUGGCACAGAGGACCUCUACGACUACAUCGACAAAUACAACAUUGAGCUCGAUCCACGGUUCAACGACAUUUUGGGAAGACAUUCCCGGAAAAGGUGGGAACGGUUUGUCCACAGUGAGAACCAGCACCUGGUCAGUACUGAAGCUCUGGACUUCCUGGACAAACUGUUGCGCUACGACCACCAAGCUCGUCUCACCGCGCGUGAGGCCAUGGAGCACCCUUAUUUCUAUCCCAUUGUGAAGGACCAGGCGAGGAUGGGCUCCACUUCAGGACUGUCCACUGGCUCCACUCCAGUCAGCACGUCCACUAUGAUCACAGGAGGCGUCACAUCCAUGUCCUCGUCCCAGCCGAUGGCCAACAUUGCAGGUUCUCCUGUCAUCUCCUCUCCGAGUGCUCUUGCCACACAGGUUCCUGCAGCCACUGGUGCCCAACCCUGAACAGACUCACUCACGCUCUUUCUGCCCUGGGCCACAUUUUUAUGUUGAGUGUAAACAAACGAAAGAGAGACUAAAUUAGGUUUCUUCUUCUUUUUUUUUUUCCUUUUUUCUUUUCUUUUUUUUCCAUACAAUAAUUAUAUAUUGAAGCUCGGACACUCAGCAGACAGUUGUUAUGUUGCGUCAGUGUCCGGCAGUCUUUCCUGAUGAUGGUGUCUAUAUAGAAGCCACUACAGUGUAGAAAUUCAGAAAAAUGGAUAAUAAAAUUUAUUUUAUAUGUCCCUACA